UAUAUAUAUCAACAAAAAUAUAGAGACGAUGCCAGCCGCCAAAAAAAUUGUAAAUCCAGAAAAGGAGCUUCGAGGAAAGAAGCCCUAUAACCGUCAUGGAUAUGGUGGACAAAAGAAGACAUACCAAGCAAAGCCCAAAAAAUUGGAUGAGGGCGAAGUAUUUGAGAGUGCAGCGGCUUUGAAGAAAAAGCUUCGCGACACUUUGAGACUAUUGAGUAAAAACCCUAAGAUGCCCGCAGAUAUCCGACAGGAGCAUGAGCGACGUGUUGAAGCCUUGAAACUGCAGAUUGCAGAGAAACAAGUCAAUCAAACGGAACAAAAGAUGGCUACUAAGUACCGCAUGCUAAAAUUUUUUGAGUCCAAGAAAGCAGACCGCAAGAUCAAGGUGUUUAUGCGGCAACAUCCCAACUGGGAGUCAAAUGAAGAUGAGAAAAAGGAAUUGGAAUCGUUGAAACUGGAUUUGGCUUAUAUUCAGCAUUUUCCGAAAACACAGAAAUAUAUCUCACUUUAUCCUCAUGAGAAUGCGGACGAUCCAAAAGUGGCUAGAACCCGAGAUGAGAUUCGAGAGAAGAUUCGCGUCGGUUUAGAAUCAGGUCAUAUCCAACAGUUUAUAAAGGAGGCGAGGGACGAAGCUAAGGCCAAAAUCAUUAACACCAAAAAAGAUAUGAAGAUGACAACCGAAGAAGCCAUUCGAUUAACGGCUGAAAAGAUUAACAGCAGCAAGCAGAAGAAGCUUAGAUAUGAUGAUCAUGAUAGCCAGGACCCGCUUGCUGCUCGUGCGAAGGCAACUGCCGAGCGUGAUGCUGCCAAAUCAAAGCCACAACAACAGCAAGCCGUAGAGACGGAAGAAGAGACAUUCUUUGAGACUGUACCACUCAAAGUUGUUCCUGCAGCAGAAGUGAAGACCGUAGGAACACCAACAACACCCAAAAGCAAUAAGCAGCAACAGGAUAAUAACAAUGAGCCUGCCAAGAAGAAGGCCAAGGUAGAAAAGAAGGCCAGCGCUCCAGCACAUCCAAGCCAAGAGCUGUCAAGGAAUGGGCAGCAAUCCACGGUGAAGCACCUCGGAAAGGAGCAGCAGCAGCAGCAGAAACAGAAAGAGCAGGCUGGAAAGGAGCAACUUAAAGCGGACACAAAGAAAGAGGCUGCUGCAGGAGUUACUGCUAGUGGAGACUCACAGCCUGCUGGAGACAGUGAAGUCAAAAAAUUGGGCAAGUGGGCAAGGAAAGCCAUGCGUGCUCAUUCUGCAGCUGCAGCAAAGGAAAUUAAUUCUGCUGCUGUCGAGACAACGACUACAGGACUAGAGCCUACGUUAGAUGACAAAAAUGUGCCCGAGAAGAAAGAGAUAUCUGAUACAGGAAAGGCUACAGUUACAAAGGAAAGCUCAUCCGAGGAGAACAUGAAGCCUACUGAGAAGAGCAAGGACAAGGAGAAGCAUUUGGAGUCAGAAAAGAUGACCAAAGUGAAACAAAUGAUGGAGGAGAAGAAAGGUAAAGAGCCAAACAAUGCUGACACACCCAAGAUCACAACAUUGAAGAUCGACCCUACUGAUGACAGGGACAAUGAUCUAUCAGAAGACAGUAGCAGUGAUAAUGAACAACCUAUAGCACCAAUUCGGAAAGUUGUCAAGGUGGAUGAGUCGUUGUUAAAGGAGUUACCUGAGGUCCCUAAACGACGUGGUGGUCGCAAUUUGAACAAAUUUAAAAAGUAGGAUAUCACAAAUCUAGCAUAUCACCUGAAUUAUAAUAAAGACC